CUUACCUGCUUUCCUCCACCGGAAAUGCGUCACAAGAAGACGGCACAGUGAAAACGUUGUUAAUUGUUAUUGUUAGCAUAGUUAUUUAGUUAAUGCAAGUGGAUGGUACAAUUGUUCAUCGAAGGAAACACGUUUCGUUUUUUAAUGCAGUGCUGUUUGAGCUGCAAAUAGUAUAGAGACCCUCGCAAUAGAAAGGAAAUAUGAACAAUGCAGAGACCCCCACGACUCGGAAGCAUGGAAGUUCACGCGAGCUCCAAGCUCCAAAGAACGAAGACGCCUAUGAGAUCUCCAUCCCGUUUGAGGAGAAUAACUUUGAACAAUCUGGCAGCUUUUACAGUCAGCCCGAACAAAGCUUUGAAGGUGCUGAACCCCCAGCCCCAGGCAGCUCCUACCUGUUGAUCACAAACUUGCGCACUCAGCUGCAGAUCUCCCUGGAGAAGAACUCAUGGCUGCAGAAGCGCAUUGAGGACCUGGAGGAGGAGAGGGACUUCCUGCGCUGCCAGCUGGACCGCUUCAUCUCCUCCACCAAGAGCCAGGAGAGCAACGGUAACGAUUCCAGAAGCUUCUCCUGGAGGCGACGACGAGAGAAUGAUCGAGACCAGCAGUCUGAUGGCCAACGUUCUGCCAGCCACCAAUCAUUCCAGAGGCCCUCCCUGCCCUCAUCCAACUCCAAAAGUGGACCUGUCAAUAAUCAGAUGGGCUCUCUGUUUGGUUCCCCCCACUCUCAGUCCCUCAACAGCAGUAACAACAGAACGAUGAGUGACCUGCCAGAGGCACUUUCACUCAUUGGAGAUGAGGAAGAAGAGUUCCUGGAGGACAAUUAUCUGGAGGAAGAGGAAAUGAUGUCAGGACAGGAUGUGAUGACAGAGACCAUGACUCUGCGCAACAUGGGAGCAGGGGGGCACAACAACAGCGGCCUUCCCGGCAUGAAGAGGAGGCGGGUGUUCCGCAUCUCCCGGGGAAGGGAGCGACAGAGAGUCAAAGAUCCCACAGGCGUGUUGUUCCGCUACAAGAAGAUCCUGGUGACCUACCAGCGCUUGAAGAACAUGUCCAAGGCCUUUCAGAUCCACGGGGUGGACCGCAACACGGUGGCGUCCACCACCCCCAUCGCCGAGUUGCUGCUGGUGGCCCCGGAGAAGGUGGCGGAGGUGGGCGAGUUCGAGCCGUCCAAGGAGAAGCUGCUGGACUACGCCCGGCGCUGCUUCCUCGCACUGGACCCGCAGACCCUCAGCAAAGUGCAGGCCCUGAAGAAGAACAACCUGCUCCUGCCCAUCUCCUACAGGUUGAAAGGCGCAGACCCACGACUGAUACAGCCCGCAGCCAUGGAGGCACAGAGCAUAGAUGCUGGAGUCAGUUGAAGCGUCUGCUCCCCGGUGUACUGUGAUGUACCCUCCCACGUGUGUGUGUGUGUGUGUGUGUGUGUGUGUGUGUGUGUGUGUUUCCUCAGUGGAAGCUGUCGUGUCCCAUAGAUUUUACCAGGGGCCUCUGUUUGUGGUUAUGGUCCCCUUAAAACACUGGUUAAUGCACCGGCCCCUUGCCAUGGCAAAUUAAGUAGAGGUAGGCUUUUGGAAGAGCUUGACCGAUAGAAUACCUAGUUUUAUUGUACCUGUGUUUGAGACGGUAACGAGCUUAAUGUCGAAUGUAAUAUCACACGCAGUCUCAAGUGAAGUUUUUAACUUAUUUAAAAAAACAUUUUUUUAUUGUUUUAUGUUUUAGGGACCUAUGUUCGUUAACAUUUCCAGUGGACUACGUUGUGCAAGUGUAGAGUUUGAAGGGUACUGUCAUCAGUUCUGUACUUGCAGCCAUUAGACAACCACAAGACUACUCCUCUCACCCAACUUUGGCCAUUUUGAAAUACCUCAGUGUUAGGGCGAUUUUUAGGUUGAUUUUUAUGAUAAUUUUUCUCUGGGACCUCUAUACAGUUUUAUUAGUGAUGGGAUAUGGUUUUACAAUCUCUCCCUCUGACACAGGGAAGAAUAACAACCUCAAAUCUUUGUAAUCUGCCAUGCUAGGAGCACCAGUUGACGGCGCUGCAGCUUGUGUGAUGUAUGACAUGAGCUAAAAGAGAUGGUCACUAAGUUAAAACCUCGUAUUUAUAAACCUCAGAUCCGCAGGCACGGCUAACGUCUUGGCUCCGGUCAGUGGCAUUAAUGGUUAGGGAGACACGCUCAGGUGCUCUUAUGUACGUGAUUUUUCCUCAGUCAUCAACACCAAGUCGCCCUCUAGACCUGUAAGCAUGUCAUGACUUCAUAGCCAGCAGUAAUACUGCCCUCUGUUUUAGCACUGCGUUCGUGAGUGACUGUGUGAAUGUAAGCAGUGUUAACUGGUGCCGAGUAGCUGGAUUGUUUUAGUUUUGCAGACUUGUCUUUUGUACUUCUUCUUUUUGAGAGAGAGAGAGAGAGAGUGAGCGAGAGAGAGAAUGGAGGGAAGCUUUCUGGGGGGGGAUAAAAUAAACAGCUACUCUUAAAUCAACUCUGGCCAAUCAUGGACUGGUUCAUCUUGUCGCCAGGAGAGAAAAAAAGUUUGUUUGUUUGCUUGCAUCACUGAUGUCAUUUCAGUGUCUGCCAUUAUUGAUUACGGGUCCGGGACUUUUCAGUUCUCCUCAGGAACCAAUCACUUUGGGAAAUAGUCAAGAAUGAAGCAGAAACACUAGAGUUUACCUUGAUACUCCUCUACUAAUAACAACAGUCCUUUCUGCAGAAACUAAAUUAGUUCAUGCCUUUAUUGGAUUAAGAAAUUGCAAAGCAUCUCCUCAAGAAUAACAUGGUUGUCAGAGGGGGGGGGGGACCUUUCAAUACCAUGUCAGUUAUAAUGAUCAAUGUGACACUAAAGUCUCUAUCUGGCCUGGUUGUCUUAUCCUUCUUCUGACUAGGGUUGCAAAGGGGCGGAACAUUUCCGGAAACUUUCCAUGGGAAGUUAAGCUUGGGAAUUUUGGAAAUUUUGACCCUUUUUUUGUGUGCAAAAGUUAGCUUAUAACAGUGAACUUAAAUGUAGUUGAAAACAAGACUAGGCAAGCCUAGCUCAUCUGGACCCUGGAUGCAGCUAGUUGGGAACAUUGUCUGCCAGAACAAAAAAAACCUAUGACUUUCUGUUGUUUUUGGACGUCUUUGUCAUUACCUAGCAUAUUGAUUACUUGUUACACUAAAGCCAUGUUCAUUUUAAUACCAAGUUUAUUUGUAUACAGUAGGCUAACUUUUUACAAGAGUGAGAGUAGGAUGUAUGUAUGUCCACACAAAAGUACACCAUCACCUUGAUUAUUCGCGGCUGUUGGGGUCCAUCAAAAAAGCACAAGUUGGGCGACUUAUCGAAAAUAAAAGUAAUUACUGUAAAUUAAAAGAUUAACUAAAUGCUUAAUUUAAGAAUGGGACUUUUUUGGAGUGGGGAUCAUAGGGAACACAUUUAUUUUAUUCAAUUCAUGUUUUUGUUGUUCAAUGAAAUAAUCCAUUAAAGUUCUAUUCACAAAUGGAUUCAAAGUCAAAAAUUUCAUUUGUAAAACGUGUAUUAGAAAUGUUUGCAUGCAUGUCUGCUUAUGACGAAACAAAAUGUUUUUGUCAUGUAUGACAAGGUAAAUACAGUUAAUAUAAAUUACCCCAAAAUGUCCAGUAUAUUCCCGUUAAUUCCCAUGGAAAGUUUCCAACUUGGAAUAUUCCUGGAAUUUUGCAACCUUACUUUUGCAACCUUACUUCUGACUGAUGUUGCUAUGUACUUGUGUAGUGGACGCUGUACUGGCCAGCCUCCCCUGUCAGGAAUGUAUGUAUUGUAACAUUCUAUUCAUGUUGUGAAUUUGUUGACCUGGUGUGAUGACGAUUAUCUCCAUGUUUUACUGAAUUUGCAUUGAAAUUCCCAUUAACCACAUGCACAAGGCCAGCUCUCGGUGGCUUUCAGGAGCUUGUUGUAAAUAAAAAAUGCAUUGAAUGCAAAAACACA